AUGCCUUCAACUCAACAACCCAAAGAACACCCUGAUGCUCGAGAUGCGAUCGCGCUCGAGAUGAAAGACAGCUGGAGCCCCGGUGACGAUCGCAGAGAUAGAGGUAGAGUAGACCGAGGAGUUAUUGAAAGACGGUCGAGAAGAUCAAGGUCUCCCACGUCACGUCGACUGGACACCGACAGGACACCCAACGCUGGAGAUCGCAGUACUGAUAGGUCAAAGCCAUCACAAGAAGUUGAAAGGCGAGAUCGCAGCCCAGACCGCAGAAGACAAUUAUCUCCUCGGGCAGGAAAGGAUUCACAAGAAGAGGUAUUGAAGCGCAAUCAAGGCAGGGAACUAUUAUUGGAGACGCGAGGCUCGGAACAAGUAAAAGGAGAUACAGUUCAUUCACCUCAACCGAUCAAAAGAAGGAAGAGUCGUAGCCCAUCGCCGAAUCGCAAUCAACAAAAGAAAGCUCGAAGAAAUUCUCGCAGUCCAAUACGGCACAACGGAGCUACCAAAGGGUCAUCUCGACGUGAUAGGAAGCGGCGUAACAGGUCUACAUCACAGCAUCGAAAUCGACAAUCGGAACAGAACAGAAACAAUCCACGCGAGGAAGGGAAUCCUAGAAACCGUAAGGAUUUCGGGAAGAACGAUAAGCGGGGACGAUCUCCUGGUCAGAACCGCGAUAAAUUCGAAAAAUCUCGCCCUUCAUCCUCUCUGGACUACGACGACCCCCCAGCGAAUCGUAAUCAAUCGCCCCAGAGAAACAUUGAGCAAGAACAAAAGGACGGGGAAAGAGUAACAUUAGAGUCGAUUGAGAAUAAGGAGAAGAAACGAGACCUUUCCCCAUACUCGACUCGUCGAUCUCCAGAGGCAGACAGAUACGGGCAUACAAAUCGCGGUCGUCGUCAAUCACCUCGUGCACCAAAAGGGCCAAAGGGAAAUAGGAGACGUUCUCCAAAGCGGGAUAAGGGACGACCUUCACGAGACGAAUAUCGCCCUAAUAAUAAAUCCCGAGGCCGACCGACAUCGGCAGCUUCAGGAGCGAACAGUAUUGAGGUCAAGUCGGAUAAGAUGGCCAACAGAGGAUUUUAUGGUAGCCAGCAAGGAUACAACCCAAACCAACAGAUGCAGGCAGCAUUUCCUCUAAAGCCGCAAUUCAACCAAGUCCCCCAAGGCCCUCAAGCUGAUCCAAGACAAUUUUCACAAUCCCCACAGCAUCAAAUGACUCCGAACUCAUAUCAUGGCUCACCUCAGGCACAGUCACCAUAUUCGUCUGGACGGGGAAAUUGGAAUGGCUCACAGCAACAACAAUUUUCUCCCACUUCGCAAUUCCAGCCAAACUACCAGCAACAACCAGGAUAUGUUACUCCCACUGGUCCGCAAAGUCAAAUGUAUGGCAACCAAGCACAAUCUCCUUCUCACCAAGCGCCUCCCACAGGGCCGAUGAACAAUAACUUCAGAGGUAAUCAAAGAUUCCGAGCUGGCAAUUUCAAUGCCCGAGGUAAUCGUGGUAAUCAAUUCAAUCCCCAAUGGAAUCCUCCUUCUGGUCCCUCUAGCGCUAGUCGUGCCCAGUUCAGCAAUUCCGGUAACGUCACACCUCAGCAUAUGUCCCCGCAGCAGCAGUUCCCAUCGCAGAAUCCAUUUGAUUCUAGUGCAAUACCACUUCAAAACCAGGUAGACGAUAGCGAGGACUUAUUUAGGCCCUCAAAAGACCUUCAGGCUGAGGAUACUAGCAAGAAAAAUGAUGAGGAACAAAUGCCUCCUCCUAGUCGACCACCACCAACAGGUCCCCAGAGCCAACAAAAUUCCUCGAAAUUUAGCUUUGCAUUCAAAGGCCCGGCGAAAGCGGCUACUACUCCAAAACCAGAGAUCUCUCAGAAGCUGAACGCUGUCCCAAUCAAGCGAGAUAUGCAAAAUAGCCCUCGUGGUCCUGCGGCAACACGAAAUAUUCCCACAGAACCGGCAUCUGCAAGAGCGCAACACGCAUUUCGCGAGCCACCACCUGUAACACGCAAGGUCAAGAAGAUUAUGCAACGUUUGAAACCAAAGCCACAGCUGCUUCCCGAAUACAAGGCCUCGGAUUCCGUAUACUACCGGAAACCUGGCAAUGAAUCUGUCGUUGGAUCUGGAACUUACGGUAAAGUGUUCAAAGCUAUUCAUGUUUAUACAAAUAAGUUGGUUGCUUUGAAGAAGAUUCGCAUGGAAGGAGAACGCGAUGGUUUUCCUGUGACUGCGGUACGGGAGAUAAAACUUCUUCAAUCCUUGAAGCACCCAAAUAUCGUUAAUUUACAAGAGGUAAUGGUGGAGAAGAACGAUUGCUUUAUGGUUUUUGAAUAUCUGUCACACGAUCUGACCGGCUUACUCAACCAUCCGUCCUUCAAGCUAGAUGCAGCUCAUAAGAAGCAUCUUGCUAAACAGCUUUUUGAGGGCCUAGAUUAUCUUCAUCGCCGAGGUGUUCUACAUCGGGAUAUCAAAGCAGCAAAUAUUCUUGUUAGCGACGAAGGGCAACUAAAACUAGCAGACUUUGGACUGGCUAGAUUUUAUGCCAAGCGAAGGCAGCUCGACUAUACCAACCGUGUAAUCACUAUCUGGUAUCGUUCACCAGAACUUCUCCUCGGCGAGACACAAUAUGGUCCUGCAGUAGACAUUUGGAGCGCAGCCUGUGUCUUGGUCGAAAUUUUUACUCGACACGCAAUAUUUCCCGGAGACGGUGGUGAAAUCAGUCAACUCGAGAAAAUUUACGCUGUACUUGGAACGCCAAAUCGAACUGAUUGGCCUGGCUUAGUAGACAUGGCAUGGUUCGAACUUCUAAGACCUACUGUCAAACGAUCCAACGUUUUUGCGGAAAAGUACAAGGAACGAGUUACGCCGGCUGCGUUUGAGCUUUUGGAUGCCAUGUUUCAGUAUGACCCUGUUAAGCGACCUUCUGCUUCUGAUGUUCUUGAGCACCCGUACUUCACAACGGAAGAGCCAAUGCCGAGACAGGCUGUUGAGCUCAAAGAACUUAAGGGCGACUGGCAUGAAUUCGAGUCCAAAGCGUUACGUAAAGAAAAUGAACGUAAGGAUAAAGAGGCACGAAGGGCGGCGCAGAAGGAAAAAGAGAAGAAGAGAAGUGCAGAGGGUGAAGCAAGUUCCGAAAGAGAACCAAAGCGAGUAAUGAUGGGACCUCCAAACAUACCACCACCAGCUUCCAUACCUCAAAAUCAGGAGGUCGCCGCUCCGAGUAACUAG